AUGAUGCCCACGAAGCACUCACCCAGGCGGAGCCCCAGGCUGGAAGCCUCGGGCGUUCCCGCAACUGCGACCACCACGGCCACAGCAACUGGCACCGCGACCAGCUCUGCGAGUGUGGCUGGUGAUCGCCAGAGGCCACAGACUCCGAAGGAAAGUGGAACAGCCGCCAGGAAAGCGGCAAGUAACCUGCAGCCCGAAGCGACGGGGCAGAUCACGGAUCCCACAACUGUAGUGGCGGCCUUAAUGGAAAGGAUCGCACGUCUGGAGUCGGAGCUGGUGAAGGCAAGAGCAAGUGGAGGACAAGCAGAGGCCGCCAGAGAUCCCGUUGGAAUCGGGGCACGCGGCGUUGGAGUGAGCGGUGCAGCGAAUACAUCGCCAUGUUCGAGUGGAACGCUGCCACAUCAUGGAGCAGCGCCACGGCAGAGUUUGAGCGAAAACCUGCCCAGGCAGAUGAGGGACAAUCUGCAAACGGAUCUCGGAGUGACGCCAUCGCUGCAGUUGCCGGGACAAGUGAGUACAAAUUUGCCGCCACAAUGGAGUGCGAAUUUGGCGCCGACGCUUGGCGGCCAUUGGGCAAACGGACAACCUGUGUCAACAACAACAAUACUGCGCUACUCUCCGCCAUCUUGUGUGACCGCCGCAGCACAGCCGGUGCUAGGUUAUGUUGACCCAGAGGUACCUGCGCCAUCGCCCAUAUCAUAUGGAGCGCCGACGACAAACAUACAAGGAUGGACGCCACGCAGACUACCUGAUCUUCCCGAUUUCGAGGGUCAGCCAGAGGAAUGGCCAAUAUUCCUGUGUGCGUUUACGGAGACAACUGCAGCCUACCAGUGCACCGAGUUGGAAAACAACCAGAGGCUAGUGAAAGCCCUGAAGGGAGAGGCUCGCGAAACCGUGAAGUCGUUGCUCAUCCAUCCCAGCAACGUACAAGCUGUUAUGGAGCAGCUACGAUUCCGGUAUGGACGCCCGGAGCAACUGAUCCGCAGCCAAUUGGAGAGAGUGCGCGAAGUGCAGCCGAUUCAGGAGGCCAACAUUGCGAGGAUCGUGCCGUUCGCGACGAAGGUUAGCAACCUGUCAGCGUUCCUGCAGUCGACCGCGACCGGCAGCCAGCACCUAGCCAACCCAACCCUAAUGGAGGAGCUGAUAGCCAAGUUGCCGCUAAGCAAGAGGUUGGACUGGGCAAGGCACGCGGCCACGAUACAGCCGUAUCCGACGGUGGCGCACCUGAGCGAGUGGCUCCAUGAAUUCGCCAAACUGGUGUGCACUGUCACGGACGCCGGAGCCAGGGAACAACCGAAGCGAAGGAUUCUGCACGCGAAUAGUGUUCGCGAGGAGGAGCGAUAUGUCGACCGCCCCAGAUGCUGCCCUAUAUGCGAGGGACAGCACCAGGUCAGGGACUGCAAGGACUUCAUCAGCGCCUCUACAACGACACGGAUCGAGUCCGCGAUGAAGCGGCGACUGUGCUUCUCGUGCCUGGAGCCCGGACACAUGUCCCGGUUCUGCAGGAAGAGCCGCGGAUGCAACGUCCUCGGAUGCCAGAUGAGGCAUCACCACCUGCUCCACGAAGUACCUGAACGAUCCAAACGGCCGCCAGUCGCAGAUGGGGGCCACAGGAGGGAUCAGGACCGACAGCCGUACAGAGACGGCAACAAUCGGAGAGGAGUGCCACGGUCAGUGGAUUCCAGCGAUAGGAACCAUCCUACGUCGGCCGCAGUUGUAGACGCGCGACGUGAGCGGGAUGAAGGGCGAUCGGCGAUUCUACCCGUGACGCUGUACGGCGAGAAUGCGAAGGUCGACACGUACGCACUGCUGGACGAAGGAUCGUCUGUCACACUCAUCGAUGACGAACUCAUCCGCAGCCUGAACCUGAAAGGCGAGAGUCGACAGCUGAAUGUGCAAUGGUUUGGUGGAAAAUCCGCCAAAGAGCACACGAAGGUGGUCAGCCUGCAGAUCAGCGCAGCGGGCAAACCAAAGCGCCAUGGGCUGAAAAAUGUGUUCGGAGUGGCCAAUCUGAACCUUCCGAUGCAGAGCCUGCGUCAGGAGGAUGUACAAGCAGUGAAGGCGAACACGCGUCUGCCGGUGAUGCCGUACAACAACGCGACGCCGAGGAUCCUAAUUGGACUGGAUCAUGCGCAUUUAGGAGUACCCUUCAGAACCAAAAGUUAUGGAUCUGGAGGGCCGUUUGCAGCAGACACCGCACUUGGAUGGGUGGUAUAUGGACCGGUGAACGGAAAGCCGAGCUCGCCGCUUCUGAGUUCGUGCCUCCUAGCCGUGCCCCAGGAUGAUCUUCUGGAGAAGAUGGUCAGCGACUACUUCGAGACUGAGAAUUUCGGAGCGAAGCCGGUGCAGCCAGUCGCAGCUGGCAGAGUGGACCUGGAGCCGUCAGUCGGAGAUAGCGGCGACGCACGGGCCUUGAGCACCCUGGAGAAGACGACCAAACGUGUAGGCCAGAGAUACGGGACCGGGCUGCUAUGGAAGGACGACGAAGUGAGAUUGCCGGAGAGCUACAGCAUGGCCCUCAGGAGGCUCGUCAACAUAGAGCGUAAAAUGAAGCGCGAUGUGGAUUUCGCGUCGGCUUACAUCCGGAUAAUGGACGAUUAUGUCAAGAAAGGAUACGCACGACGACUGGAGGCCCAGGAAGUCCAGAGGUUUCAGGAGGGCAAAGUGUGGUACCUGCCGCACUUCGGAGUAGAAAACCCGAACAAGCCUGGGAAAAUCCGGCUGGUUUUCGAUGCGGCUGCCAAGGUGGACGGUGUGUCCUUGAAUUCAGCGCUACUGAAAGGCCCACAGCGCUACAAGCCCCUGCCAGCAGUGCUCUUCCGUUUUCGGGAAGGAGCGGUUGGAGUUUGUGUAGACAUCAAGGAGAUGUUUCAUCAGGUACUGAUGCAGCCGAAGGACAGAUGCGCCCAGAGGUUUCUGUGGAGAGACGGAGACGACCAGCGAGAGCCGGACGUAUACGAGAUGGCAGUGAUGACGUUCGAAGCGGCCUGCUCACCAUGUUCGGCGGACUACGUGAAGACCGUGAAUGCUUUGCGGUAUAGCAGCACGGACCCGCGAGCAGCCCUGGCCAUCAACGAAUACCACUACGUGGAUGACUACGUCGACAGUUUCGCCAGCGAGGACGAAGCUAUCGCCAUCUCGACACGGGUGAGAGAAAUUCACGCUGAAGCAGGUUUUGAUUUGUGCCGAUUCACCUCCAGUUCGGCAAGUGUGGUCAAAGCGCUGAACCCACUUGAGCCCAUCGCCAGCGUCGGAUGGACCGAAGCUGAGGAGAAGGUGCUUGGGAUGUACUGGCAGCCGGCUACCGAUGAGUUCAAGUUCGGCGUCAAGUACCAUCGAGUCCCGAGGAACGUGAUGACGGGGGAACGAGUCCCUACCAAGAGGGAGUUCCUAAGCCUGGUGAUGUCUACGUUUGAUUGGGUUCCUGAGCUGCUGCAUGGUGACUGCCAAACUGCUGCUGAGGGAGAUUUGGCGGAGAGGAGUCAACUGGGACGAGCCGCUACCGGAUGA